CGAUCUUUCCAGCAAUAUUAUAUUUUGAUCUUACACAAAUUUCAUAGUUUCAUCUUUAGUAUGUAUUUACAUAGUUUGAAAUAAUAACUAGGAUAAAUUUUAUUAAAUAGGAUAUUAAAUAAGAUAAAUUUUCGCUACAAAAACUUGAUUGUUACAGGUAAAACUUUGCCUGUACAUUGCGUGGUUGAAGCGGUGUCAUCACUCGAAGAAGGCGUGUGGAGGCGUCGUGCUCUGGUCGAGACAGACAGCUACGUCAUCAUACCCUCAACGACUGCCUUUCACGACUUGGUGCCAGCCGCCAUGUUGCGGCUUGGUUAUCCCCAAGAGUUAGCUGCUUCUGCAAAAGGUUCAGUGGUGAUCAACAAUUGGAAGCCGUUGUCAUUUGAGAGGAUCUCUGAAGGACCUUUGGCGACAGUCGGUGAGGUGCUAGGAGAGUUGACUACCGUGGCGACUUUACGCAUUCAGUUGUUAAGACCAAGACUCACACCGUUACAAGACAUCAAGGACAAGUUGCUGAGGCUGCUCCUUGUCCAGAAUCGGCCAUUACUCAUGUCUACUGGAUGUCCGCUGGAUGAGAUGACGUUAUCUCAGAUAUGCAGAGGGCAAGAUAGGACUCCCGGUCCUCACAAUUUUCACGAGCCUUCUGAAGAAAUGCGACGAAAGUUUGAGUCGUGGUGGAGUGCGCAAGUGUCACCGCGACCGCCACCCUUCAGCCCCCGUCGCUACCCCUCUCCAGGACCUAAAAAUCGCUCUCCAACGCUAAACGCGAUACCGGACCAUUUACACCCGGCUUUACAAACGGUUCAAAGUCAAUACCCGACUCAAAAGACAAGGAUGCGUACAAGUUUUGAUCCAGAACUAGAACUGCCGAAGUUACAACGAUGGUUUUCUGAAAACCAACAUCCAAGUCGCCAACAAAUACAACAAUAUGUUCGCGAAUUGAAUAACCUUGAAUCUAGGCGAGGUCGUAAACCACUUGAUGUCAACAAUGUCGUGUAUUGGUUUAAAAAUGCUCGUGCUGCUCAAAAACGAGCUGAACUUCGAAAUAUUGGUGGACUAGGAUGUCACCUUGGAGUUAAUGGAUUUAACAGCAGAAGUCAUAGUCCAACUAACGGAUCUCUAAUGACUGGUAAUGACAGUUAUAUAUCACAAGAUCAAAAUUCUAUGAAAAGUCCAAUGCAGAUAUCAGGUAGCCCUGGAAGAUAUCCAAUGUCAGUAAUAUCUGAAGAUAAUUUAUCAAAUGGAGGUUCUGAUUUAGAAGAAGAAGGUGGUGAUUUGAAUACAGAUGACAGGCCGGAAAGUCCAGAUGCUCCACUUUCCUUAAUAACUACAAAGAAAAAUAAUAAUAACGACGAAGAUAGAGCGCAAGAAUCACCAAAACCACCAGAUAUUAUUAAGGUACAUGACAUCAAACAAGAGCCACGAGAUUUGAGUAAACCAGAUCAGAGCACCUCACCACAGCGUUCACCAGCAAAGAAUAGUGAUAGCUCUCACAACAACAAUAAUAACAAUAACGAAGAAGAAAACGGUAAUGUCGAUGACCAUGAUAUAUCUGACGACGAAGUUGUUCAAGAACGUCAUUACAGACCAGCUUCCCCUCAUCUUGACCGUCUACCGUUCCCGAUGGUGCCAAAUCAUCCUAUGUUUGGACAUGGUAUUAUGUACAUGAGUCAGUAUAUGAGUGGAUUCCCCGGUGUUGGUGCAGUUCCUGGGGAAGGAGCUAGUGGUCUUAAUUUAGCCCUAGCAGGUGCUUCUGAUGAGCGUCGUAAGCGGAAUCGUACCUUUAUAGAUCCUGUAUCUGAAGUACCAGUUCUUGAACAGUGGUUCUCGAUGAACACUCAUCCAUCACAUAAUCUCAUCCUCAAAUAUACUGAAGAAUUAAACAGAAUGCCUUACAGGCAAAAGUUUCCAAGACUCGAAUCGAAGAAUGUUCAAUUCUGGUUUAAAAAUCGAAGGGCGAAAUGCAAACGAUUGAAGAUGUCUCUAUAUGAGCCGUCGUCUCCAUCUCACUAUUCACAUCCUGGUCAUCACGCUAUUGCUGAGCGAAAAAUGGUGUAAAGUGUAUUGUUUAAACGUUAAAUGAAAAAUUCUCAAAUUUUCGUCAUAAACUAGUUUAAUUUGUGAUGUCAGAAUAUCAUAGAUAAAGACUGAAUUCGAAUCGUUUAUGGUAUACAGUGCCAUGUUAGUAUUAAAUUCAUAACGUUCGAUAUCGUUACAAAAAUAUUUUUAUUAUUGGACAUAUAAUGCCACAAGCAAGAUGUUGCUUGCAUAAUUUUAUUUAAUAGAUCUUUCGAUUCGUUUUUGUACAUAUUAGUAAUCGUAUUGUUAAAACUAUCAACACAAAUAAAUGAGUAUGAAUCUCAUGUGUAUUUCUGGAUGUAUAUAAGACUCAAUUUUAUUUAUUUAAAAACAUGAUUAGUUUAAAUGAAAAAUAAUAAUCUGGUAUGUUAAUAACAUAAUUUCGAAUGGAUACUCAAUUGAUAGUUCCACUUAAAUUAUAUUUAGAUGUAGUUUUAGUAGAUGAGGUUAAUAUUUAGAAUAAUAUUCAAUGUUAUAACUACCUGUAAAUUUCUUAUGUAAUUAAUGAAGUCAAAUAGUAGAUAAUGAUAGUACUGAUAUUACAUUGCACAUAUAGUAGGACAUGAAAUUCGCUAAAUUAGUUAAGUUUAGUGAAUCGUUCCAUAAAAUCGAUUUGUAUCAUAGAUUUACGCACAUUCCACAGUUUCUGUUAUGUUAUAACUAAGUAAUAAAACUUCCUCAAUCCAAAGAUUGGUUAGUGUUAGUUUGAACGAGUAAGUUUUACAGACCGAUCCCAAUAUUAGUUCACGUAAGAAAUGUGUCUUAUCUAUUGAGUUAUCAAAUCAUUUUGUGACUUGUUAUUUAUAAUGUCAAUACAAGUACAUUUUAAUGGGUUGUAUGCACACGGUGCUAAUACGCUUU